UUCUAUCAAACCCAAUUCAUACCCAUCUUUCUCUCUCUCUCUAAAAUACUUGUUCUUCUCCCUUUCUCCAAAAGACCAAGAAAAUGUAUAGCAGUAGCACUUGUAUUGACGAGAGCACAACAAGUGACUCUCUAUCCCUCUCACCACCAUCCCCACUCCUUUCUCCGACGCCAAAGUCGCCGGAGAGCCCGUGCCGCGUCGGUAGUGGCACGAGCGUGAUCCUAGACUCGGAAAACAGCGUCGAGGCGGAGUCCAGAAAACUCCCGUCGUCGCGAUUCAAAGGGGUCGUUCCACAGCCCAACGGGCGGUGGGGCGCCCAGAUAUACGAAAAGCACCAGCGCGUCUGGCUGGGGACUUUCGUCGAACAGGGGGAGGCCGCCCGCGCCUACGACACCGCCGCCCAGCGGUUCCGCGGCCGCGACGCCGUCACCAACGUCAAACCACUCUCGCCGGAAAAUCCAGACGACGAGGCCGAGCUAACGUUCUUAAACUCCCACUCGAAAGCCGAGAUCGUCGACAUGCUGAGAAAGCAUACUUACAAUGAGGAACUGGAGCAGAGCAGGAGAAAACACGAGGUGGACACAAAUGGAAAGAGGCUUGAUAAUAAUGCGAGGAUUUCCCACAUAAUAGGUGGUGCGGAUAAACUGUUGAAAUCGACGCGACAGCUUUUUGAGAAGUCGGUGACACCGAGCGACGUGGGAAAGCUGAAUCGGUUGGUGAUACCGAAGCAGCACGCGGAGAAGCACUUUCCGCUGCAGAGUUGCUGCAGCAGCGGAAGUGCCUCCUCCUCGUCCUCGAAAGGGCUGCUGUUGAAUUUCAAGGACGUGACGGGAAAAGUGUGGAGGUUCCGGUACUCGUACUGGAACAGUAGUCAGAGCUAUGUGUUGACUAAGGGGUGGAGCCGGUUCGUGAAGGAGAAGAAUCUGAAAGCCGGUGACGUUGUCGGGUUUCACCGGUCGAGCGAACCGGAUCAGCAGCUUUUUAUUGAUUGGAAGGCGAAAGCGGGGUCGGGUUCCGGUGGGGUUUUGGAGCCGGUUCAGAUGGUUAGACUGUUUGGAGUUGACAUAUUUCAGGUACCCGGAAGUGGGAGUUGUGGUGGGAAGAGGAACAGAGAUGUGGAGUUGCUGGCAUUUGAGUGGAGUAAGAAAUCCAGGGUCAUUGGAGCAUUGUAACAGUUUCUCUGUUUUUGGGUUUAGUGUUUUGUUUUUUUGGAUAAUAGUAGUGAGGUGGGAAUGGGGGAAGGGAGGAGGAAGGUGGUGUUGCAAGUUGCAAGAAGUUGAAAUUGUACAUUAAUUAUUAAUUAGUAGUACUAUAUGGUUAGGUUUGAAGCUGAAGAGAGCUGAAAAAAAUAGUAGGAAAUAUAGAACGCGAAACUGUCAACUACAGUACGUAGUAAUUUUCAUGUCUUUGAGCUGUUCAAUGUGUAUCUCAUGAUAAUUUUGGUACUAAAAUUGGUUCAAUGCUAUGCUAUGUGAGUGAUCUUUCCGUGGUUAAGAGGUA